AUGAGGACGUGCACCAGGUUCAGGGAUGGGAACAGAACGCCUAGGCCCGUCCAGAUCAGCACGAAGGCUCUGCCCCACGUCCGCAGAAGAUCCGCGCAGAGGCCCUCCCAAAUAACCAUCCGUGGCGGUCGGCCGGUGGCUCGGCAGCUCCCCGGAGCCAUGUCUCGCCUCCACAAACGCAGACGCAACCUCGCCGCUCCAGAACAUCCGACACAACACCAACACGACUCCCCCGCACCCCAUCCGCGACGGCACCAAGCAAGGACGACGGACAGGAGAGGUCAGCUUGCACGUCACUACAUUGUAUAG